AUGUCGCAGUUGAAGGACAUGGCAAAGGAUACUGUUUCCAAUACCCAACCACUGGAUGAUGGAAACAGUGAUAAUAAUCUAGGAGAAGUAGUUCCGUUGCAGAACAAUGCUGGGUUCCACCGAACAUUUACACCCAGACAAAUCCAUGUAAUUUCUCUUGGAGGCCAAAUUGGAGCUGGUCUUUUUAUUUCGAGUGGCGCGAACCUACGCGAUGGUGGUCCUGGUUCUCUUUUUCUCGGCUUCGCAGUCGUAUGCUCAUGUGUAUGGGCAGUCCUUCAGACAGUCAGUGAGAUGACUAUCAGCUUUCCUACUUCUGGUAAUUUUAUCGACUAUGCCGAUCGUUUUGUUGACCCAGCUGUGGCCUUCGCGGCUGGGUUUUCGAUGUGGAUCGGCUGGACAGCCAUUAUCGCUUCAGAAGCGACGUUCUUCUCAGUUAUAGUGAACUACUGGGCAAAGGGGUCUGUUUCUGAAGUUGUUUGGUUGACGAUCUUUCUUAUUAUAAUGUUUAUCAUGUUUAGUCUGCCAAAUACUGUUUUUGGAUGGUUUGAGUACUUUACCUCUAUCCUGAAGAUCUUUGUUCUGAUCCUAUUUAUCAUUGUCGGUAUCGCCCUUAUUUUCGGUGCUGGUUCACAUGGUAGCCUACACCAUGGUCAUGCAUGGCAAGACGAAGCCUUCCUGAAUGGGUUCAAGGGGUUCGGAAACAGUGUUCUACUCGCUAUUCUCGCAAUUGGAGAUAACACGUUUACUGGAUUCCUUGCUGGAGAGUCUAAGAGCCCGCGAUUUUCUGUCGCCCAUGCAGUAUUCUUGAUCCCAAUCCGAGUCUCAAUUUUCUAUCUGGGUUCUAUGGUCUUGAUUGGAAUCCUAGUUUCUCCUCACAACACCAAUCUACUAGGGAGCAGUGGUAUCGCCGCAUCACCUUUUAUCAUUGCUAUUGAACAGGCCGGGAUCAAGGGUCUUCCGGACUUGCUUAAUGUGAUCAUCCUAUUUGCAGUGGCGGCUAUUGCUGCUGAGAGCUUUUUCAUCGCCUCGCGAAUUCUCCAAUCGAUGGCUCAUCAAGGAUUGAUCUCGCCCUAUUUAGCAAAGGUUGAUUCACGAGGGCGCCCUCGAGUUUCUCUCGCAAUCACAGGUGCUCUCUGUAUUACCCUAACAUACAUCAACCUCAGUGGAGAAGGUAUAACUGUGUUCAACUGGCUGUCUCAGAUUGCUAGCACGGGAUACUUCAUGGUGUGGUUUGUUAUAUCCAUUACCUCGUUUCGCUUUCGAGCGGCUCUCAAGGCUCAGAAUGACCCGCUCUUCGCGCAAACAUACGCUUGGAAAUGCAGUAUCUGGCCGUUUCCUCCGAUGUGGCUGCUUACGUGCUGUUGCUUUUAUAUCGCAUGUUCUCUAUACCUUGCUUUGUACCCUAUUGGAUCAAAUACUCCAACCGCAUACUACUUCUUUCAGUAUAUGUUUGGUCUAGUUUUGAUUGUGUUCAGCACCAUCGCCUACAAGCUCAUUUAUCGAACCAAGCUCCGAGAUCCUCGAACAGUGGACCUACAAACAGGAAGGAGGACUCUUGGUACAGAAGAGAUUUUGGAGUUGGAUAAAUAUGAGCAGAUGCCCUCUUGGAGGAAAUUUGUCACUUUCGUACAACUGUGGUAG